GAGGAAGCACACUCCUGAGGGCCUUGACACCUUCAAAGUAUCCCUUGACAAAGGCAUCAUCGGCAAGCUCUCCGAGCCAUUCAUCACUAAGUGCGGUUUUCUUCAAAAGCUGCACCCCGUGAAGCAAGCAAUCCUUCUCCGGCACGGGCUACAGCUCGGCCUCGAAAACUUCCCCAGCAGCUCCCCGACAAUACUCAUGGGCGGCCUAGAGGAACUGAGUGGUCUUUUUGAAUUCCUCCACGUUAAGGACCAGAGUCAGAACAUCGCUGGGAGGGGAUCCGCCCUCAGGACGCGGGGUAGGAUCUGCGACAGGAACAAAGGAAAUCCCGUGCUUCUCGGCCAGGGCCACCUUGGAAAGCAGGCUCUGUUUUUCCUGCUGGCUCUGAGUCCGAACGGCCUGGAGCUCCUGUUGGGCCAGGGCCAGGGCAGCCUGAGCCUUCUUCAUCUCCGCCUGAGCAGCCUCCCGCAUCAGCAUGACUUCCUGCUCUUUCUUUAAAGCUGCAUCGGCUUUUCUCUUGAGCUCGGAAAGAUCCUUCUCCCGAGCGGCCCUCGCCCGCAACAAGCUUAGCCCAGCCUACAAGGAAGAAAAAUGGGUUAGGUGGGGACGAAAGGCAGAUCAAGUGAUGGGGGGAAAGGUGAGGAACGUACCUCGAGGUUCAAAAGCAGAGCAUUAUCAACAGAAUCGUCUGAAGAACAAUUCGAUAACUCCAGCCCGGCCUGAAGGGCCAUGUCCUUCCAGAUCUCGGAAAUCGGACGGACGACGGAGGGCACCACGACAUUCGUAGGUUUGGGGACAGAGGGCUCAAGACACGGCCUCUUCGGUUUCUUGCCCUUGUCUUUUUCCCCACCAGUGGGGAUACCAACACCGAGCGGAUCCACAUUCAGGACCCAGUUAUCUUCAGAGUGCUGGGCUGCAGAGUUCUGCCCAGUCACUUCAGCAAUCAGGAGCUGUUCCGCGUCAGCAACACGCUUACUUGCCUGGGACGCGGCGGAAGAAUUGGCCUCAGAGGUCUGAGUGGCCCCAUGGGCUCUCGCCAGCGCCGCUUUUUCCUUUUUGGCCUUGGCCUCGCGACGAGCCACCAUAGCAGCGUUAUCCAUUUGUUCUUGAGUAGGAGGAGGGCCUGAAACAAAGAAAUAACGUCAGUACCGGGCGGUGCGAAUCACAAAGGCACUCACCUCAGGGAAUGGACUGCCCGGGCCCACAAGAUGAACACGAGAGAAUGCGUCCAGGGAUCAUGGGCGGUACAUAUCCCUGCAUCAGAGAGUGCAUCGAUGGUCAAGAGGUCCUUCAGUUUUCUAACGCCGCCCAUCGUUAGCUUGUCCACGACAUCUUGCAACUCCUGGGUUAGUUCCGGCGUCUUAACCUUCGGAGGAUAUCCGUUCCAUCUCACAGGAAGCCGCUCGUCGGUAUAGCGAAUGAAGAAAAAACGAUUUUCCAAUCAUGAAUGGAGGUGGGAGCCCCCUCGAACAGCCUCCUCUUGGGACGAGCGGCCACGCUCAGAAACCCAUCGGCAUUUUGAGGGAUGACUUGGAAGAAAUGAUGGAAGAGCUUCAGUUUGGGGGUGAGCCCUAACGAUUUACAACGAACGAGGAAUGCAGAGAUUAGACGGUAGGAGUUUGGCAUGAAUUGGGCCGGAACAACACUAUAAAACUAGAAAAAAUCAAGAUAAAAAGGGUAAAGCGGGAAGCGCAGUCCGGCCUUUAUGGAAUCCAUAUGCACCAUCACCAUGCCCGGGCGCCUCUUGAAGAGGUUGUCUGCACCCCGAAGACUGUAGUAGAAGGGCGGAGGGAGAAUGAUCUGCAGUUCCUUCAAGGCCCUCCUGGAAAAAACCUGUUCAUGCACGGCCACAUUGGGGAUAAGCACGAGGUGCCGAUGACGAUCCAUGGGCAUCCCACGCUGAUAGACCUGGAGGUCGUUCCCCUCCUCGGCCUCUUCGCCAGAAUCAUGAUCGGCCGAAUGCUCCGCCCCCGCGUCAGGUUGCGCCGCCGUCGCAACAGCAUUCUCAGGAGCGACGUCCAUGCCAACAUACUCCUCUGCAUCUAGGACCGCGACAUCAUAUGUUGCCUCAGGGACCGCCAUCGAAGAAGCACUGGAAUGGCCAGAACCACUCGCCCCCACUGAGGAACGGGAUCUGGGCUCUGUAGCGGCAGAGGAACCGGCUGAAGAAACGGUAGAGGAGCUAGAACCAGUCUCUGAGUCGGAGGAAAUUUCCAUGGAACAGACCAUGGGGAAGGUUACGAAAAAGAAAGGAAAAGGGGUUGGGAUCGAAGAGUUACCUUGCGAAACCUUGGAAGAGGGAUGAACGCGGAAACUAGAGAUACUCGCGGGACAGCACUGGGGAAGUAGAAGGAAGCAAAGGAUGGAAAGCCCUAACUUUUUAUGUAAACCCAGUAUUUAUAAGGAGAGGGGCUGAUUCAGUGGCCAACCCGCGGGUGACACGUGGCAAGAAGCGUACCCAGAGACGCGUGGCACGUAGAGACGGACAUGCACAAAAUGAUUACUUUUGCAUCGGAAGUUGAAUUGGCCUGGACAGCUGUCACCUAGAGCCCCGCGAACAACUGCGGGGAAACAACCAUCACUUCGGGAGAGGGUAGGUAGCGGCUAAAGGCAGUACGGCGGAACUGUUUACUUCCUUAUGUCUCGCGCACGCUCGAAACAUCAGAAGUGGGGGACUUGUGGUUGGUUAAUGGCCCAACAGGGGCCAACCCAUCAACACCAGGGGACGUACGUAACCCAGCAUAGCCAAGCUCUAGGGCCCAAGGGCCAGGGGGCGUACGUAGCUCAGCACGACCAAGCUUCAGGGCCCAAGGACCAGGGGACAUACGUAGCCCAGCAUAGCUAAGCUCCAGAGCCCAAAGGGCCAGGGGACGUACGUAGCUCAUCACGACCAAGCUUCAGGGCCCAAGGACCAUGGGACGAGCGUCUAGUGGUUUGCCACUCAAGGACCAAGGCUGCCACCAGAGGGAUGAGUCCAGCCUAGGGGACGAACGUCCCCAAAACAUGGUGGGGAGCCAAGAUCUUGGCGGGAAGCGCAUUAAAUUCGGGAGAUUUGGUGGUUGGGAUCAUGUCGCCCACAGCCAGCCACGUCAGCUCCCCCAACCACCACAGGAUACUAUAAAUAGUCGCAAUUAUUUCAUUGUAAAGGGUUCACACUUUGAUUCUCUAGCAUUGUAAUAGCAUCAACGGUACAUAGCCUAGCUUAGUACGUUCGGCCCUUCGACUUGUAAUCACCAGAGUGAAUAAAAUACAAUUAUUGGCCCACUACCCGUUGUUUAGUAAUCUUACUUGUCCUUCACCCAUCCGAAACCCCCAGGUUACGUGUUGGGCCUGCGGGUUGAGGGGAAUAAACCUCAAGACAUUCUAUGAGGUGUAUUUGGGAUGAAUAAUUAUUUGUUUUGUCAAUAUAAAAACCUUAAGUUACAUAAAAAUAAAAGUGACUAGUAAUAAGCGGUCAAAAUAUAUCACUAUCACGCAACAAAUGGCAAAAUCAUAAAAGACAUACUAAAUCAAUAGAUUUAUAAACCAAAUUAAACAACAAAUAUUAUUACUUAACAUUUAAUAAGAAAUACGUAAUACAUAUAACACAAAAUAUUAAUUUUCUAACACAAGAAAACCAAAGAGUAUCAAUGAUAUUAGAGGAUUACUCUUUAACGAUAAACAAGUAAAAUUUCGAUAACGUAAUUGGUUCGAUUUAAUUGGUUCGAUUCAGUUCUGAAGGGCCAAAACCAAAACAGAACCAAACAACUAUGGUUCAAUUCGGUUUUUUACAUUUGGUUUUGGUUUUUGGCGGUUCGAUUUAGUUUGGUUGCUAUUUAAUUUUUUUUUGAUUCGGUUUUCGGUUUUUGUUUUUCGGACCCAACCCUAAUAUCAAUAACUUCAAGCCAGACUGACUUGUCGGUUGUCACCCUCGAAACUGCAACAUACACCCUCCUUUAUUGUUUGUACAAAAAAGAACACAUUAUUAAAGGGGUUGUCACCAACUUUUGAUUACUAUUUUAUUCUUUUAUACACAGGCUUUCACCUUUUGUUUUCUAUGGACUGUAUUAUUUCUUCAUUUUUGGUGGUUAUAUUUUUAAGGGGCUGUUUAACCGAUAAUACUACUCCGAGUAUGUUUAAACGAACCACCAACAUAGAAAAUACUCAGCCAGGUGAUACCUUUCAGGCUGGACGCACGCGAGUAGGUUGUUGAGUUUUUGUUCGGUUUUUGUCACCCCUUUAGGUACCAAAGUGUAGGUGAAGUGAGGAUUGAAACCCUACUUGAUCGCUACCUUAGCGGCUUAGAGCAUCUCCAAUGUGAGCCUGUUGACAUUAGAAAAAACUGCUGCAUCAGUCAUGUCGACAUAUCUCGCAACAUUUUCGUCUCCAGCGCAAUAUGUCUAAGGCUAUAUAAAGUUGACAUGUACAAAAAUAACGUCAACAUUGUUAAGGUGUCUUUCUUCUGAUAACAACCUCCCUGACAUGAUGACUCAACGAAAAUGGGUGAAGAAAUUCCGCAAAAAGAUCUCCAAAACGUCUUGAACCACGAUUUAAUUUCACAGUUUUCAAUGUAGCAGGUUUGUCGGGGAAAGGAUUUAAUUUCUUGCAUAUGCAGUAUAUUUUUGCUCGCAUUUACAAAUUUCCUAACUUUGGAUUAAUUCAUUCUUCUCAAAACUAAAUUUCCCAAUCAAAUUUUUCUAUCUGCGUUGCUUUUUAAUCCUUUCUUUUUAAUAAUAAUAGCCUGUAAUAUGGAUAUUUCGGUGAUACAUGCGCUUACCGGCAACAGAAUUUCGUAUGGUUUGGGUUGUCAACCUGAAGCAUGACAUGGAUAGACAUUCCACUUAUUAAGUGUCAUGUGUCAAUGUUUAUUCCAUGUGAAGGAUGUAGCAUUAAAGAUGCUCUUAGCCACCUAGCAUAGGAUUAGUUUAAUUUAUCCCUCGUUGUAGAACACAACUCACAAUAUUAAUGACAUUGAGUAUAAUAAAUAUAAAACUCCAUCUCGUUCCGUUGAUCGUUUGUCCCAUUUUUUCGUUUUGAACGGUGCCAAUUGUCUCAUCAAGACAGUUUCAUAUCAAAUUUGGUAAUGUUUGUGUGGUUCUAGAUUUUUUCUAUUUUACUCUUACGUUAUCACAUAAAUCCACUUUUUUAAUAAGCACAACAUCUCCCCAUGCAUCAAAUUUAGGAGUAGAGGUAGCAUGUGAUAUAUAUAUAUAUAUGAUGUAUUUAUACAGAAAUUAAAGUUGCUACGCACAGGCAAUCUAGUUUUGAUGGAUUCCAAGAACACCAUAAAGUGGCAAAGCUUCAAUUUCCCAACAAACACAAUACUGUGGGGUCAGAGACUAAGUCCAAUGACUCGGUUGACUGCUUUCCCAAUUUCCAACUCAUCUCCUUCAUUUUAUUAUUCACUCGAGAUUCACGAUGACAAACUUGCACUAUAUCUCAACUCAGGUAACUGGAAGUACUCUUACUGGGAGUACAGACCAUCUGAUAACCGAAACAUCACAUACGCCUGUCUCACAUCACAAGGCCUAGAGAUAUACAAUGGGCUCAACUGGAGAAUCACUCAAAUAACUUCAAAAACACCACAAGAACCUCCCAAAUUCUUAGCACUAGCAGAUGCUACAGGCAAUUUGGGACUAUAUUAUUACUCACCCCAGAAACAAGUGUUUGAAGUUUCGUAUGAGGCAAUCAAUAACACUUGUUAUCUUCCAUUUGCAUGUAAUAAGUCCUAUGGUAUUUGCACUUCCUCCGGUGAAUGUUCAUGCAUAAGGCUUGUCAAAAGAGGGCUCUCUGGUCUAUAUUGCUGCAAUGAGGAGAUGUUAGCCGGUGGGUCAUGCGAUAAAAGCCGGUUGGGGAUGAUCGAGUUACAUGGUAUCACGACUGUACUAAGUAGCAGUUCUAAAAAGGUCAACCUUACAAAAGCAGCAUGUGCAGACUUGUGUUUGAAUAACUGUACAUGUGUCGCGGCAAUGUAUGGCGAUAAUGUGAACCGAGAGGGUGAAUGUUAUUUUUAUGGGCUAGUAAGAGGAGUUAAGCAAAUGGGUGAUGUUAGAGAAAGAAAAAUGAGCUAUAUGGUUAAGGUACCCAAGGAUGUUAUUGAUGAUUGCCAUGGAAAAGGUUGUCCUAUAAAGACAUGGGUUUUAGUUGUGGUAGGGGUAGUUGAUGGACUUGUUAUUUUGAUUCUUUCUGUAGGAAUUGGUUACUGUGUAGUUCAAAGGAGGAAAAACAACAUACAUAAUGCAGAAAAUAAUCAAAAUAUAAACUAGACUAGGUACCCCCAACCAUUGAGAAACAUUGUUUUAUUGUUUUCUUCUUUCAUUUCUUUUUCCUUGUAAUUUCGGAAGGGAUGCCUUCUUGAGAGGUUUUUGGUUUUGUCCCCCUCUUUCAUUGUAUUUUUUGUUUUCGCAUCAAUGAAUGUGGCAAAUGUUCCUCAACAUUUGUCCCACUAAUUUUUGUGGUUUGCCUUCAAUAAAUAUAGAGAAAUACGAUGUCAAUCCUAUCUGUAUUCAUAUACUUGUAUGUUUAUUAGCAAGAUAAGUGAGGUUGCUCAUAAA